AUGAAGGACAUCACGGUGAUCCGCACGCUCGGCCACGGCGCCUUCGGCAAGGUGUGCCUGGCGUGCCACGACGCGACGGGCGUGCACUACGCGCUCAAGUCGCAGUCGAAGAACGCCAUCGUCGAGAACAACCUGCAGGAGCACGUGCUCAUGGAGCGCUCCAUCCUCAUGCAGCUCGACCACCCCUUCAUCCUCAAGCUCACGUGCGCGUUCCAGGACGACUACGACAUCUUCUUCCUGUUGGAGCUCCUGAUCGGGGGCGAGCUCUUCUCGCACCUGCGCAAGGCGGGCCGCUUCGCGGAGCCGACCAUGAAGUUCUACGCGGCGGGCGUGAUCCUGGCCUUCGACCACAUGCACCAGAAGAAGAUCGCGUACCGCGACCUCAAGCCCGAGAAUUUGGUGCUCGACAAGGACGGCUACCUCAAGGUCGUGGACCUGGGGCUGGCCAAAAUCGUCCCGGGCAAGACGUGGACGCUCUGCGGCACGCCGGACUACCUCGCGCCCGAGGUCAUCCUCAACGAGGGCCACGACAAGGCCGUGGACUACUGGGCGCUCGGCGUGCUCAUGUACGAGCUCGUGUCCGGGUCGCCGCCCUUCUACGCCGACGACCCCAUGGAGGUCUACGAGAAGAUCCUCAGCGGCAACAUGUCCUUCCCGUCCCACUUCGGCAAGUACCUGAACGACAUCGUCCGCAAGCUCCUCAAGCUGUGCCAGUCGAAGCGCCUCGGCAACGGCAAGCACGGCUGCGGCGCCAUCAAGAAGCACCGCUUCUUCAGCGGGUUCGGCUGGGACGACCUGCUGUCGCGGAACAUGGACAAGCUCAAGCCGCCCAUCGAGGUCAAGGUCGCGGACGACGCGGACGCGCAUAACUUCGACCAGUACGAGGAGCACGCGGAAGACAAGAUCGCGCGCAAGUCCUGGAACCCGCCGCUCGACGAAGCCUAG